GGAAAAAAGACUGCGGAGCAGGAAAGAAUCUCCCUUAUCACCAUUCACCCUUCAGCUGAUCAGCUGGAUUCAAAGAUCUCAAAGAUGCCGAGGCUGACGAUGGAUGCAGAAGCGGCCUCAGAUGAUCCCUCGCCAGAUCCACCGCAGCACCUGUCAUCGUCAGCCGCCGCCCUGCCCUCGGCAGCGCCCCGCCUAUCGGCUUCGUCUGACACGUCUAUAGGCGUCCGAGGCUUGAACGAUGUUGUGCGAGCAAUGGUGCAGCGCAGGGGACUGACGUCAGUCUUCGAAGAGAUGGAGACGCUCCGACGCGCGAGAGGAGAGGGCGCCCACAGGAAGGAUCUCACAGUCAAGGAUCUCACGAUUGUGGUCAGCUGACCGAUUGAGAGCAAGAGACGGGAUCAUGUGGAGGUCUCGUUGGGUUGGUUGUUUUGUUCCCUUUGGUGUGUUGGUUGUUCGUUCAGGGUGUGUCGUCUGUGGUGGGUGCGGGCCUAUUUCUAACGCCAGGUCAAGCUGGGGCGUUUGCUGGUCCUGCCCUUCCGGUGGCCUACAUGAUGGGGAGCAUCGUUUGCAUUGCUCCCGCGCUGGCCAUGGGUAAGUGGGUGGGUGAGAGAUGGGUGGACACAGCAUCCAGAAACAGCGGUUUUAUGUGGAAUAUGCGCGUGUUGCAGGUGAGCUGAGCUCACAGUACCCGUCUGCUGGGGGUCUCUACACAGUUUGCUAUAUCCUUUUCGGCGAAUUCAUCGCAUACCUGGUACGCCCCUGCUCACGAGUGUCUCUCUUCCCCUUUUCUCCUCGCUUUGUGGAUGCGUUGAUGCAGCUGGCGUUCUCCCAGGCCAUCAUGUAUCUGUUCGCAUCAUGUGUGGCCGCGCGAGGCUGCGCCCAGUACCUCGCCGCAUUGCUCAAUAUCAUCGGCCUGCCGCAAUCUGUGACAUCGUAUCUCUUCUUCGAGCCGCCGGCACCCUUCAACGAUCUUUUCGAGGUCUCUUUCGUGGCGCCUCUGUUCCUCCUGGCCGUCACCACUAUCAACAGCCUGGGCUCGCAUCGCGUUGCUGUCUUUCUCAAGUGGAACUUCCUCUUCAACUACUCUUUGAUUCUCUUCUUCAUUGUGGCUGGGGCGGUGUUCUUCAAUGCGGCCAAUUUCGUACCCUUCGCCCCCAAUGGCAUGCAGGGAGUCCUGGCUGCCGCAUCUGUGGCCAUUUUCGCCUUCCCGGGGAGCGAGACGAUUGCCAACCUGAGUGAAGACUGCGAGUCACCGUCCCGGCAGAUUCCGCUGGCCAUGGUCGCCACGCUCGCCAUUGCAACAACGGUGAGCAACCAAGCAAGCAAUAUGUUGACAGACUUGACUGACGUAUGGACCCCUUAAGAUGAACGCGCGCACAGGUUUACGUCUCGGUCAGCGGAGUGCUGAUGGGUAUGGUGCCGUCGGGCUUGCUGGACCCCCGCGCUCCGCUGUCUGAGGCCUUUCGGUACCACCACUGGGCCUGGAUGGGGGGGCUCGUGGCGGCGGGGACCAUGACAGUGCAGCUGCCCGUCAUGUUCUCUAUCGGCAUGGCUAAGGUCAGCCACUUAACACGAUAGGCGAUGGAUGUCUGAGACAGGUAUGUGUUGUGUGUGUGUCACCAGGCCAGGAUUAUCCUGCAAAUGUCCCGUGACGGAUUGCUGCCCAGAGUAGGCAAGCCACUCGUGCGAAGGUGUGUUCUGCGUCUCAUGUGUUCAUGUCUUCCACGUGUGUGUAGGCGUUGAGCCGUAUCGACCACCACGGCACACCUCAGUUUGGCGUGGCUCUCCUAGGUGGCAUCGCCGCCGUCAUGUCGGCUCUUCUGAGAAUCGAGGCCUCAAUGGCCCUUGCCGUGGCUCUAGUUAUGACCAACUACGGUUUCAGCUGCUACUGCGUCCUUCUGAGGCGACUCGCGCCGGUCCAUCGAAGCCGACAGGACGGCCGCGGGGAGUCCCCGAGAUCGAGGGCGGGUGUGAAGAGAGAGGUGGUCAUCACGCUUGGCGGGCUCUUUAUGGUGGUGUCUCUGUGUUUCGGCUACACAAUCCACGUGCCGGCGAUGGGCAGAGCCAUGCAGAUAACUGCGGCUGUGUGCGUGCUGGUGCUCGCCGCGGCUGUCUGCGUCCUGACAGCUGUGACGAAGCCGCGCCGAGCCAAUAAGGCGGUGAUCGGCGUGGCGGGUGAGCCGCUGCUGGGCGAGAACAAUGAGCACAUGGACGAUGGGUCAGAGUCGGUGGCUACCGGGUUUCUGUGUCCGUUGUUUCCUGUGCUGCCUUUGGUGGGGAUGUUUCUGACAAUGUUGACGGUUGCCGGGUGUGGGUGGCGGGUGCUGCUUGAGGUGCUGGGUGUGUGGUGCUUUGUGUCGGUCUUCUACUUUCUUUAUGGCAUUCACUACAGCGCCAUCAGACAGACUGCCGCUGCGCCGAUCGAGUGAUCACUCACUUUGCUUCCCCGCAGUUUGUCUUAUGGAGUGCAUGAGUGAGUCGGGCCGUCCUUUCUGAUGGCAUGUCUGUAUGUCUAUCUGUAUGUCUGUUUGUGUGUGUGUUAUUGUCUGUGCGCGACGUGCG